UCAAAGGAGUGAAGUAAACAUGUCACUAGCACCAGGAGUUUGAGACAUUAUUGUUGUGGCUCCUAGGGUUCCUUUCUUGGUUCAUUCAAUCACCUCCAAUGGCGAACCAGCUCUACGGAUCCAGCUCCUUCGGCUAUGGCGGAGCCUCCAAUCCGUCAAACAUCUUCACCUCCAGACCCCUCGCCGAUCAGUACGUGCCGUCGGACCCUUCCUACCUCAGCUCGUCUAGGUAUUUGGCUUCAGAUACUAUCUCACCGUCUUCUAAUCUCUUCGGUUAUUCGUCUAUCAGCGAUAGAGGUCCCUCAAUGAUGUUCAAUCACAAGGACACUAUCGGCGCCGGUUACCCCGCCGCCGCUAGGGCCACCGGAGCUGCGGCAUUGUGGCCUGGACCGCCCGGUGUUGAUGCGGACGCUAACGCGACUGCGCUCGAGUCUUUUUACGCCGGUUAUAAGCGUCCGGCUUCGGCUUCUGAAGCAUUAUAUCAGUCUCUUCUUGGGGCCCAUAAUACAAUUGGGCAAAGUGAAGCUUGGUAUUCUGCCAACCCUUUAGCGAAGCGCCCUAGAUUCCAGAGCAGUUUGCCUGUUUACCCGCAAAGGCCCGGAGAAAAGGACUGUGCCCAUUAUAUGCUUACAAGAACUUGUAAGUUUGGAGAUGCCUGCAAGUUUGACCAUCCUUUGUGGGUCCCUGAGGGUGGAAUAUCUGAUUGGAAAGAGGUUCCAGUAGGUGUUACAAGUGAAGAUCUUCCAGAGAGACCUGAAGCCCCAGAUUGCCCGUAUUUUCUGAAGACUUUAACAUGCAAGUUUGGUUCCAAGUGCAAAUUCAACCACCCAAAAGAUAAAAUUGCCUCUUUGUCUGCUUCAGAAAACAACGGAGUUCUUGAAUUGCCAGAAAGACCAUCUGAGCCCCAAUGUGCGUUUUAUAUGAAGACCGGCAAAUGUAAAUUUGGUUUAACCUGCAAAUUUCAUCACCCAAAAGACAUCUCAAUACCAGUUGCUGAGGUGGGAAAUGGUAACGGUGUACAGACUGAAGCAGCUACAGGCGUAAUAGCUGGAAACGUGACAGCUUCGGUGCCCCCUUUUACUCCCGCUAUGGUGCAGAACUCAAAAGGCCUCCCUAUUAGACCGGGAGAAGUGGAUUGUCCAUUUUACGUGAAAACUGGCAGUUGCAAGUAUGGAGCCACAUGUCGCUAUAAUCAUCCAGAGAGAUAUGCAAUGGAUCCAACUAGCGCCAUUGUAGGCACUCCUGGCAUUCAUAUGAACCUAGGUUUGGUCAACCCAGCUCUCGCUGCCCCGCAAACUGUGGACCCACGGCUUGGUCACACAAUGUUUGGUUUGGCCCCAACUAUCUACCCUCAGCGACCUGGCCAGAUGGAAUGUGAUCAUUAUAUGAAAACCGGGGAGUGCAUGUUUGGGGAGAGAUGCAGAUUUCAUCAUCCCCUUGACAGGACAGCGCAUGCUCUGUCAACAAAAGAAGGUCAACAACCGAAGCUCACUCUUGCUGGUCUUCCAAGGAGAGAGGGUGCUGUAAAUUGUCCAUACUACAUGAAGACGGGGGCUUGCAAGUAUGGCGCCACAUGCAAGUUUGACCACCCGCCGCCUGGGGAGGUGAUGGCGGCUGCCACGUCACAGGCUGGUGAAGAAGUCAAAGAUGACGUGAAGGAGAAUGAAGCCACUCAAGAAUAGUAGCUUUGAUCUGGUCAAGUUUCUGGAAGAAAUUCGAUAUUUCAGUGUUGUUAUUGGUUGUGUUAAACUGUAGCAUCUUUUGUUCAACGUAAUUUACUUCGUUGUUGCUGUAUUUGUCUUUACACAGUUUUAUUCCAUCGUUGGUUACAUUACUGAAAUAUAGAAUUGGACUAUAUAAAAACCGGGUCAGGCUGGGUGUGUUUAAGCUUCAACCAAACUGGAAAACGGUUCAAUAAUGAGUAAUCUGGUCCGGUUUGGGCUACUAGUUUGGCUGGUC